UGUAGUGGGCUAUUUGUUUCCGGUUGACAUUAUCGCAUUUGACCCUCUUUUCACCAGUGUCCUGUCUCUGUCGAAAGAAAAGAAACUUUGGACUAAUUUCUGAAACGUGCCAGGGUGUCCCCCCCUUCCGCCUAAUGGGCGGCUGGUCUCGCAGUGCCGUGCUGGAGCUGUACCGGGCGCUGCUCCGUGCAGGGCGUCACCUUCAGUACACUGACCGUAAUUACUAUCAGCGUGUUGUGGCUCGCGAGUUUCGCCGCUGCCAAGCCCUGACGGAACCUGAAGAAAAGGAGGACGCACUGAGGAGGGGGCAGUUCUUCCUCAGCAGCCGGCUGGGCGGGCUUAUGUAGGGGGAAGGAAUCACGGGUCAUCUGGAGGUGUAUCUCACAGUAUGGCGGGAGUGAAUGGAGAUCAUAAAGGGAAGAAAGAUGACAAUGGGGUUGGCACGGCCAUUGACUUCAUGCUUUCCAAUGCCAAGCUUGUGCUGGGGGUGGGAGGGGCAGCCAUGCUUGGCAUUGCAACGCUAGCGGUCAAAAGAAUGUAUGACCGUGCCAUAAGUGCACCUACCAGUCCUGCCAAGAUGGAGCAGACAGGAAAGAGGAGCUGGGAGGAGCCCGCUUGGAUGGGUUCGUCACCACGGGUACUGAACCAUGACAUGAAGUCCACCAUUAGCAGGUCACUACAGUCUCUGCCCACAUCCUCACAUGCUUACAAACCAGACUGUCUGCCGAGGGCCGUGGGUCGAGCUGCUGUCGGAGGCACUGGGGCCACUCAGUCAAACCUGAUGAGGGCCCGGAUGCGUCUGUCUCUUCAGGAACAUUUGUGGGAGUUCUACCAAAAUAAUGUGAACAUCCCUGCUGAGGAGCAGGGUAUGGCUAGGAGGGCAGCACUGGACAUCUGCGCUGAGCUCAGAGUGUUUCUUCAUGCUAAACUUCCUGACAUGCCGCUCAGAGAGAUGUACCUGAGUGGCAGUCUGUAUGAUGACCUGCAGGUGGUCACAGCAGACCAUGCUCAGCUUAUGGUGCCUCUUAUCCUGGAGAAGAACCUGUGGUCAUCCAUCCCUGGAGAGGACACAAUCAUGAACGUUCCAGGUUUCUGGCUUGUCCGCAGGGAAAACUUGGAGUACUUCCCACGGAACAGCAGCUACUGGGACCGCUGCAUGGUUGGAGGUUAUCUUUCCCCGAAAUCAGUCCUCGAGGUCUUUGACAAGCUUGUGGCUGGCUCUAUCAACUGGCCAGCUAUAGGGAGUGUCCUGGACUACAUCAUCCAUCCUGUGGUUCCCUCAGAAACGCUAACCCUGGAGGUGCAGUACGAGAUAGACAGGAAGCUGUAUGUGGAUUUCCUGCCACUACUUGUGAUGGAGGAUGGAACCUCACUGAUAGCUAAACCACACCGGCUUGCUGCAGAGCGCCAUGAAAACCUGUGGCGGCAGAGCUUCAGUGUAGCAGAGAAGGCUCGGCUCAGGGCUUUGGACCAGGAAGAUGGAGGCUGCCGAUGCACCUGCCUGAAGGUGGCGAAGGCAGUGUGCAAGCUCAACCCUACCCUCAGCCGGCUCAGUGCCAGUCAGCUCACAAACGCCAUCUUGUUGCUGAGCGAAAAAGAAGGAGACUGGACCCAGGAAGCGCUUGCCGACCGCUUUCUCCAGCUGCUACGAGAACUAGUGGCACACCUAGAGGCUGGGAGGCUGCCGUGUGCUCUCAGCCCUAAAGUUAACUUGUUCUGUGAGCUGACUGAACAGGAAGUGGAUGAGUUGGGGUAUACCCUCUACUGUGCCCUUUCAGAUCCUGAGGCGCUACUGAGAACUGCAGUGACACCACAUCCCUGACAAGCUCAUCACUACACAGAAACGUGGCACUGAUGUAUCAGCCAUUGUUUUGGAGACCUCGAGCCAUGAUGAGGGUCCUGUGGGGUAAAAACCAAACAUCUGCAUGGAAUCGACCUCUCUCCUAAAACAGUCUCUUCAUUUCCAAAAACCUCUUUCCAAACAUCUGUGAGAAAUGUGCUACAAACAGUAACAGUGAGUUGGUGUUAAGAUCGGUUUGACAUGAGGACUGAUCAUCCAAAUAUUAUUUUAAUCUCACAUCAAAGUGAAGGGUCAUGGGCUCUCACUAAAGCCAGUGUAUCAGUGAAGUGAAGGGUAGACAUGCUGUAGGGACCAAAUACACUGGGGUGUAUUGGAUGAGUCAUGAAAAUGGAGCAUGCCAUAGUCGUGCUCUUUUUAACUGGGUGGAGAGUUUAAGAAUACAGAUGUGAUUUAGCUGAGAUCCGCACCAGGGGUGUGCUGUGUGUCUGUGCUAUUGUGUCCAGGGUUAGAAUGUAGUGUCCAUUGUGUGUAGGCCGAUCCCAAAGCUAAUAAAUUGUUGACCAGCCUGAAGGACAUUCUUGAGUUAGAGAGAUGGACAAAUUGUGUUUGGUUACCACAUAAAACAGUGAGUCUAGUCAAGGUUUGCUAAGAAAACACUUGACAUGUUCCCAGGGACACGUGUGAACACAAACAUGGGGCUGUGUGGAUUGUCUGCAGCUUGGGUUUGAUGGCUGCCUAAUCCAGAAAUCAGCUAAGCCAUGUGUUGACUCUUCUCACCAUUCUACCAUAAAUCUAAUAUAAAAAUCAUUAUGUCCUCAAAUGCAAUAUGCUACCAUUUUUGGAACUAUGCAGUUUUUGAUUUGUCCUGAAAUAUGAACAAAUUACAUGUUUUUUUUUUUGUUUUUUUUUUCAUAGUUUUUGGUGUGUGACUGCCUGAAAACGGCAGCGCUGUCAUUUUGUUGUUUGGGUGCACGUCUGAUCUGCUUUACUACCCAAGUAUUACGCAUUACCUCAUGGAUUAUUUUAUC